AUGGUUCCCGAUGGCAACGACUCGGCAUGGGCGGAGGAGAACCCUGGAACCGUUUUCAAGCAUAUGAAGCUUAAAUCGACAGCUUAUUUCUUCCAAACCUAUCCGAUAGUGUGCAAAAGGAAUCGACGUUACAUUCUAGGCAACCAAUAUGGAUUUCGUCAAGAAAGAUUUAAACACCCAGCAUCCGUCGCGCCAUCUGCCUUGGCUCCCAGCCAGUCAGUCCUUAUGGUUUAUGUCCUUUCAAGCUCGAUCUCAGCGAUUAAUUUGGAGACAUUCAGCGAAAUGGCGAUAUCGAGGCUCGAGACUUCGUUGAUACGCGAAGUCCAGCACCGGCUGAGAUGCCUCUGGAAACAAAUAAAUUGA